UCUGUAUGUUAUGGCGCAAAAUCUAAGUCUUACGUUAGGACAAAAUGCUCUCUAGGUCGUGUUAUCAAUGAACUCCUUAUCAGGUGCAUUGGGCACAACACUUCCUUUUUUAACUGGGCUUGACGGGAAUUUUCUGUCAUUUACUGUGAUAAAAUAAGCCACAAUUCCGUUGCUUGUUGAUAUUUUUUUGGGUUUUUUUUUGUGUCUUGAUUUUUUCUAUGUCUAUGAAUUUUGUGCUCUGUGUUUUCGUUUAGGAUUUAUAUUAGCAACUUGAAUCGGAAUAAUGGCUUAUUCAAUGUAAAACUAAAUACUGAAUAUGUUCUGGAAUCGUCUAAGAAAAACUAAUAAACUAAUAGAACAUAUUGUCAUUUUCCAUUUGGAUAGUAAUAACGGUGAUCCUGUAGUUGAAUAUGUCUAUCCAUCUGUUAAAAACGAAAAUUCUCACUUUCAUAAGUUGCGAAAUUUUGUUCUCCCAUGUAAACAUAAGAGUCUUAUUUCGGAAGAGUAUACACUUAUAUUCACGGAUAGCGAUGGAACUGUAGAAUUUUUCGUCUGUAUUACUUUACCUAUUUCCGGAUAUAUUGUGUGCGUUAGUAGUUGUUUUCCUUAUUUUGAACUUUUGCACUCAAUCAUAACUCUGAUUAAUCAAGAACAUUUAUACAGAGAAGAAAACCGACGUAAUAUUGAAGUAAUUUUAAAGGAAUUGCAUUAUCAUUCUGGUGUUGCGACACUUAACAUUUCAUCACCUCCAAAUUCGACGAAAUUAAGUGUACAACUCCCGGAAGCACAGUUUCAGUUUGUUUAUCAUAGACAUAUUUUAGAGUAUUAUAAUACAUUGUCUAUCGGCAAUUGGAUUGUAAUAUUUGAAAGCUUAAUUUUGGAGAAAAGUGUAAUAUUCUACUCAAGUCGUUUACAGCGUAUUACUUCCUGUCUUUUGGCCAGUCUAAGUUUGUUGUACCCACUGAUAUGGCCUCAUUUAAUUUAUUCUCUGCUACCUUCCAAUUGUAUUGAAUAUGUUGGCUGUCCGACCCCAUUUGUUGCUGGUGUUCACUCAUGUUUAAAAGAGAAGAUGAAACCAUUGUUAAUUCCUGGAGUUCGACUUGUGGAUUUGGAUCAUGAUGUUGUAUAUGGAACAGGGGAUGUAGGAAUAACCAUGCCGUCUGUUUUACGUCAUUGGUUGAUUAAACGGUGUAAUGCCUCACACAGUGCAAUUUUACGGCAUAUACGCUCAACAGAAAAUGUUGCUUCAACUGCUGCCUUACUUCUAGCUCGACCAUACUUAGAACUGAUGGCUAUUCUUCUUGGUCGUUAUCGAUCGGCACUGCAGCAUAAUGAAGCUUCUUCAUCUGUCGAUCUUUUACCAAUACAAUCACCAAAUGAUGAAAGUCGAUCACAAGAUAAAUUUGAUCAACCUCGUAUAGGUGGAUGGUUUUUCAAUCGUGCUGCAUUUGUCAUUUCUUGUGGUCAUGAAUUACAGCCAUAUCUUACAGAACUUUUAAAUUCUCAGAUGGUGAUACAAUUUUUCGAAUCACGUGUAGCAGUUUUAAAUUCAGAUAUGGCGUUUAUUCCACCAGAUGAUUUUGAAGAUAUUAUUGACCAUGUUUCCAUCCCGAAACGUUCUGGUGGAUUAAAUGAUCUACUGAAUUUCGGUCGAACUGAAUUUGAUAAAAUAACUCGAAAACUGACGCGGAAAUCCGAGAAACUUUCACAGAAACUAGUCACUCGUCCUAAUAAUUUUUAUCAGACGUUUAAAUUGAAUGGUUCUACAAUGGAGAAACGAGAUUUCAAUAAUUCUGCUACAUCAAAAGCUCACAGUAGAAAAGUACUAAUCCCGUCUCUUACAACUCGACCAUCAGAACAAGAUAUUUGUGAGAUAUUAAGGAAAAAAUUGGAAUUUAAAAAAGAUAAUAAUUUAUCCUUACCCAGUCAUUAUCAGCAAAACAGUGAUACAAACAUUCUUUCAUCUUGUGAUAAUUCCACAUGGCAACCUUUAUCACCAAAAAUCGAUCAUGAAUUACGUGAUUCAGAACGAACAAAUCGCAGUCUACUCACUAGUAUUUUGUCAGAACUACCUGACUUUACAGCUGAUUUUUAUCCUUCAACAACUAGUCGAGUUAAUGAUUCCCAAGUAUCGCUUAGAAAUCGUUCUCAAGAGAUAGAGCAUGAACCAUUUAAUCUUCGUUGUAAUUCAUCAAAGCGUAUGGGUUGUUACGUAGAGUCUCCUGAAAAAGCUUUUCAUAAUUGGGUUACAUUCGAUUCUAGCCCGCCUACAUGUUCUUCUGAAGAUCUUAUUAAUUUAACUGGUUCCCCUUGCACAUCAUCCAAUACAAUUGAUCCAUUUUCAGAUGAUUCAUUUUCCAAAUCUUUAUCAACUAACACAAAACCAGUUAAAUGUGAUCACAGUGAAUUAGAACAAGCAAUUCUUGAUGAAUUCGAUCAAUUAUCUAUAUCUCGAAUGAGAAAAACAUAAUGGUGACAAUUAUAAUUAUCACUUAUGUAUAUGUCGUUAUUAUGAUUAACUAUUUUUAGUGUAUAUUUUUGCAAAUGAAUCUCUGUAAUCGUCUAUCUGAGAUCUCAAUUCAUGAUAAAAUUUCAUUCCAUUUUCUUAGAAACUAAUAGUAAUUUCUUACUUUUUUCGUAUUACAAUCGGGGCAAUCAUUUUUUUUUUCUAAACUUUACAUUAUUUGUUUAUUUGCUAAGAAAAAAUUUACUCGAAUAGUUAAAUACUUUAUAUUUCAAAAAAAAGUUGAUUAUUAAUAAUGUCGUUUUGUGUAUAUUGAACAUUUGAAAAACGUUAACUUGCAACUGAACAAGAAAAUAUUAAAUUCAAAAUGGCUCCACGAAAUUUUAAACAAAUUAAUUAUAUACAACAGAGAUUCUGGUAUACAAGCACAUCGAUUUAGUGUGUUACAUUUUACUAGCAUAAGGAGAUGUGAUAGUAAGCAAUAUUAUGCAUGGAAGAUAUGAUUUGAGAGGGUAUGGGUUCAUAAAAUAGAAAACUUUCUUAAAACAAUUAAGAAACUUAGGAUCUGAGGGUAAACAGAGUGAAUGAACUUAUUUCAUUGCAAACAAUUCUGGUUCAUAUACACACAACGUCACCAACCAUUGGUUACUAUAAUUGCGCGGACUCUAAACCGGGUAAUCUGCAGCUACUUACACGGUUAAGUCCAACAGCCAAUGACUACACAGAUUGAAGCGAUGUUUGGUUUGGCUAUUCCUAGCUGUAUUUCAACCUACUCCUAAAUCGGUAAUUACCGUCUAUUGAUGUAGGAGGAUGUAAUACAUGCUUCAACCACCUGACUUAGUAGAGAUCCAAUACCUUAUCAACUGAUUUGCCAUCCUCACCUAAUACUCUAGUCUGACUUCAGCAUUGCCCACUCGUUGGUCCGGACAU